AUGCUACCAGUAUUAAAAAAUAGCCUAUAUUGUGAAUAUUUGUAUAUAACGAAUCAUUUGUAUGUUGUGUUUAGAGAAGAAGAUAUUAUUUACAAUGAAAAAAUAGAUCCUAUUGCACGCAAAAUAGAAUUAUCACGUAAAAUAGGACGUAAAGUGGUUGGUCAAUUGUUUGGUACCGCGGUUAGUCCAUCAUGGUGGUCUUGCAUGUGGCUGAACGAGGGUAUUGCUACGUUGUUCGGCGUGUAUACAAUCAAUCAGAUUAUGCCUGAGAGUCGAAUGUUGGAUUUAUUCGUAGUCCAGACUCAACAAGAAUCUCUUCGUCUAGAUAAUUCACAAGUUAUGAAUGCUCUUGAUUUAGAAAUUGACA